AUGAUAUUCCGUUCAUUAUUUGCAUUAACAUUAAUAAUAACUUUAUUUGUUCAUACAUUAAAUGCGAUCAAUCCUGCAUAUCUUCGAGAACAACAUUAUGGUGAAUUGGUUGAUAACACUAAUAAUGAUAUCGAUAAUGAACAUUCGGGUUUAAUUUUAAAACGAAAUAUUAAUGAAGAAUUAGAAGGAAAUACAAAUAAUAAUGACGAUGAUUAUUAUAUUAUUAAACGUAAUAAAUAUCCAAAUUUUCAUUUAAGCCCAUUAUGGUUAUCACGUCGAACACGUACAAAUCGUUUCUAUGGCAAACCAUUAUGGAUUUCUCGACCAGGACGAUAA